AUGAGGAUCUCCACUCUCCUGCAGUGUGUGAGUGUUCAGGGUCAGAGCUGCAACAGAGUGAAUUACAAUAAGAUGAGAACCUGUGUCUUGAAGGGACCAACCACAGACCCAGGGUAUGUAGGUCGUGUGGAGUACACUGGAACAUACAGAAGUCCCUUCACCCUGAGAAUCACAGAUCUGAGAGAGGAGGACUCAGCUGAGUAUCGCUUCACUUUUAAAACAGACAACUUUGAAUGGGGUCAUAGUUUCCCAGGAACAACUCUGUCUGUCACAGGUCUGCAGGUGAAGGUGACUCCUGCUGCAGAGGGACAGAAGACACUGACCUGUAUCACCACCUGUACUCUGACUGACAACCCCACCUACAUUUGGUACAAGAACGGACAACGUCUAGAUGAGCCCACUUCCCAACAAUACUCUAGUAAUAACCUAGUAGUGUUGGGUCAUUCUGCAGACAGUUACUCCUGUGCUGUAGAACACCAUGAGGACCUCCACUCUCCUGCAGUGUAUGCUCCAAAGAACACCUCAGUGUCAGUCAGUCCCUCUGGUGAAAUAGUGGAGGGCAGUUCAGUGACUCUGACCUGCAGCAGUGAUGCCAACCCACCUGUGGAUAAAUACACCUGGUACAAGAAGAACGUAACCUCACCAAAAGCAUCAGGACAGAGUUACAGCAUCACUAACAUCAUCUCUGAGGACAGAGGAGAAUAUUACUGUGAGGCCCAGAAUGGAAGAGGAUCUAUGAACUCUACAGCUCUGAUGAUCAUUGUAGCAGGGAAACAGACCUCAGUUCUGACUGCAGCUGUAGGAAUCACAGUGGUGGUUCUGGUUCUCAUCCUCUGUCUCUCUGGACUCAUGUGGUUCAGGAGAUACACAGGAGGAAGUGAUGCGACAACAGACACACAGGAGUCGGCGUAUGUGCAGGAGAGCAACCUCCUGGUUCAAUAG